UCUGUUUUCAUUUUCACAUUUCUGGGUGAUUGAUAAUUCCUUGAAUGAGUAUGGCAGAAUCCAAUGUCGCAUGUUUUAUAGAGGAAGAAGUUGAUGGCUAUGAAAAUCUAGAGGUGCACAAUACAGAAGAAGAUGGUUUAAACCAGAAGUUGGAAACUAGCAACACCAACACAACAGUAUGUUCUGUAUGUAUUGAAGAAGAUGGAAAUGGCAACGAUGAAGCUGCUGCUGCCGAUGCCAAUGACUUGAAUCAAAGGGGUAUCGGAGAAAGUACAGCUGAAUCCAACACUGACUCAUCUGUUCCUCUUCUGCCAGAGACUGACAAUGCCAUCAAAAUAGAUGAUGAUAAUGGCUUUGGCAACAGGGAAUAUGGCCAGGAUCAAAAGCCUACUACCAUGGAACGGGUAGAACGGAUCUUCCUCAUCAUGAACUUCAUUAUAGAACUAUCAACAGCGGCGUUUGAUCAGCUGUCUUCUAAACGUAAGCCCCAGUUUGCACUGAUCAGCUUGCUCAUGUCUGUCAUAGUCAUGUUGAUUUCAGCUGUGAUUCUUGUGUGGAAGGGUCAGAAAGAAAGAGUUAAAUGGAUGAGGAGGGGCCAGAUACCUUGGUUUUACUACCCAUCUCCAAGUCACAAGCCUUUUGGAGCGUUUCCUGAUAUUAUUGGACUAGUUUGUGCUGCCUUCCAAUGCGUGUUUUCAAUAAUUGGCUAUAGUUUUUUGUCUCGACAUGCUAAUAAUCCUGUCAAAAUAUCUGUUUGGCCCAUAAUCUUUGCUGGUGGCCUAUUGUAUUCUGGAUUUGUAGGAAAUUCAUCCAGGGGAAAGCCAUGGAUCAACACUUCACCUCACAAACAAUUGGAGAUGAUGAGGAGCCUUGAGAUUGCAGAGAUGGCGCUAGUUGAUCACAGAGCAAAUCAGCGCAAGGGAGCACCUCUUGAGCAUUUGGAAUUACUAAGAAGGCUUGACCAACUAGAAAUGUUCAAGGACCUGGGAAGGUUGAACCUCUUAGAAAUGUUGAGUGCUAAUUCUGAAGUUAGCCUUGAGCAAUUGGAAAGGCUUAAGGCUGAUGAUCACGAGGCACUUAAAAAUGAUAUAGAAGCUCCUAUUUAGCACCUACUAGCUGAUGAUGAGGAAAUUUGAAUAUAAUGUUGAGCCUCUGAGCUGGAGAAGAAACCUUGGGGAUAUGCGGAAAUUGAACUACUUGUUGAAGACCAGCAAAUUUGAAAUUAAUGGAGCAGAGCACCAUGCUCAAAAGAUUAAGCCGAAGCUGUCCGAAGUAAUUCAAUUAAUUUCUAUUAUUGCUAAAAGGAUGUAUAAAGAGAAUGGGUAUACAUACUAUUGAAUUCUUUUCCUUUUUAUUGCCAAAAGAUGUAUGGAGAAUAUGAUUGAGCAUGCAUAUAAGAGAUACUGAGCUUUUUUUUUUUUUCAUUAUUAUUAACAGUUAUAUUAAGUAAUUAAUAAAAUAAAUUAGAGCAUAUUAAUUGUCA